GUAGAUCUGGCACGAGACGCAGAUUGGUAACCACACUGGGAAACAAGUAGAUACGAUGGGAAAAAACAGACGAACUAAAGCUUCAAAAUUCACUCAUCAGCAAACAGAACAGAACCCAAGGGCACAUUAUCCUGCUGAAAGGGUGUACAGUCUACAACAAUGCGUAGCAAGAAGUUAAAAAGGAAAGUUAUGAAACCUCAACUGGAUGAACAUCUGGAGCAAAUACCUUUUCAACUGCGUAGAAUUAUGAAAAGUAAAGAAAAAAUGAAUAUGGGAUCCAGUAAAGUGAAGAAGAUCAUGAGAGCAUGCAAGCCCAAAGCACAGACAGAACUCUGUGAGCAGGAACAGAUCAAAAUUCCACACUUUCGAAGAGGAAAGAAAGAGUCUGAGAGAGCUUACCUACGGCGCAUGUCACAAGAAGCGCACCAUGUUCUCUUUCUCACAAAAAACCAGCCAGAGAGACAUCCUGAACGAAUUCCGGAGGAGAAGGCAACAACUUCAAACAAAAAUCUAAAAAAAAAAAAGUACAAUCAAAGAAAAUUGCUCCAUGAAAAAAAGGUCAAGCUACAAGAGGACAUUGAGAAAAAUAUAUUUGCAGAUAAAGUACAAUUUGGAGAGGUUGUGAUGGAACCUCCAUCACUGACUGUCAAACCAAAGAAGGCUCCUGUGAAACCUCAGAGGGUAUCCAAUAGCCUUCUUCUGAGUUCUAUCCUUGGCCACACAGAUGUCUCAACAGCUAAACCAUCUAUGGCACGGCAGAAGAUAAUUGAGGAAGAACAUGAAAGGGUGGUCCAUGCUUACCGCCAACUAAAGAGGAAGAAGAGUGAAAAGCAGCAAAAGGAAUGGAUGAACAAAUUUCUAAACGUUCAAUAAUGCCUCCAGUGUGUGUGUGUGUGUGGAGAUGUUAGUUGUGUGUGUGUGUGGAGAUGUUAGUUGUGUGUGUGUGUGGAGAUGUUAGUUGUGUGUGUGUGUGGAGAUGUUAGUUGUGUGUGUGUGUGGAGAUGUUAGUUUUGUGUGUGUGUGUAUAUAUACCGUAUGUGUGUGUGCAUAUAUAUAUAUGCAUACGUGCAUAUUUUUUAAAUGGGUGAAUGCAAAACAAAAUAAAACAUUCUUGCGUUGAGACAAGAAGGGAUUGAAGAAGCAGAUUGAAACAAAAAAAAAAAAACCACGAAUUGAAUGUUUGAUGCCUUCUGGAGAAAGGAAUUUAUGUUAAAUCUAUAAUGAAUGCAGAAAACACACUGAUGCUGACUUUACUGACUUUAUACUGACUUUAUAUAUUCUCAGAAGUUUCUGGUUACACAACUCCACUUGACAAAAUACAGUUGUAGAAUUGACAUUAGUUAAUCACAUAGUCACCCAGAUGAGAUUGGGUUCUAUUUUGAAUCUGGCUCCUCUCAAGGUUUCUACCUUUUAUUGUCUCAGGGAGUAUUUCAUUGUCACUCUUUCCUCUGGCUGCUCAAUAAGGAUAAAUAUAAAGUAAAGCAUAAAGGUUUGUGAAAUUAUUCAGAAUUCCUAUUAUGUAUAGAUUUAUUUGUAUAGCACCUUUACAAUGUGUUUGAGGCACUUAUCUGCAGUCAACCAAGAGUGAGAUUAAAAUAUGGUGUUAGGAUACAUCAAAACAGUACUAGACACUUAUUUACAAUGCGUUAGAGGGAUACUUCAAUUUAAAUGCUUUAAAAUAUAACAAAAUUCAAAUCACACUACUUUAGAAUAAAGUAAUUUAAGCAGAUAGUAAACAAAACUCCAAAUCCUACCAUACCAGAAGACAAUAUAUUCAAAUACAGUUAAAGAUCACUGGGGAUAGCAGCUGGAAUAUACUGCCGUUUUACAAUUAGAUUAUAGAUUAUAGCUUGUAGUUAUAUUUUAAUUUACAAAAACAGAAAAGUUAUGCGACAGGCAUUUCUCUACCUUGAGUACAAGCUGUAGAAUUGCCUGGUGCUUGUGGCCUGUAGAGCAAAUGGGAAUUAUCAAAAAUGUUCUAGCUAUCUGGCUAGAGCAGACCUCACAAAAAACACACGUGUUUUGAACCACAUAAUUUGACAUGAGAUAUGCUUCAAAAACAUAUGUGUAAAUGUAGGCUGUUCAACAAAUGUCACAUGAUGUACAAAUGCACACAGAUAUAAAUAAUGCAGCGGAUUCCACAAAUUACAGGUGUGCUAUUUGUGGUACAUUACAAAAAGUGUUAUAUAUUGUUAUUUUUGUGCAACUCAUCUACUUGCAAAUUUGACAGGGCACAGUUGGACAUAGUUGCUUAAUAGAUGCUCCAACCAAAGCCCUUCAAUCAUAAAUGACUUGAUUUGCAGUUUGUCUGAUUGUGACUCAAUGAAGGUAUCUUAAUGUCUCAAGCUUUGUUCACACAUGCAGUGAUUUUUUUGCUCCAGUGCUCUACUCUAGGUCACCAGUAGCCAUUCCUGCCAUGUGUGGCAUAACCAGCAUUUAAACUGACAAUCAGUUUAAUAAAUUUAAUCAGUUUUAUUGAUGCUAAAAUGAAACAUUUUGAUUAUAGUUGCCAAAAAUGUAUUUAUUAAAUAAAUUCAUUAAAAUGAA